GUUUUCCUCAACAGAAUUUUGAGUAAAUACUCAAAUAUUUAAGUAUAACUCUAUAGCAACCUUAAAAGCUUACUCAAGGAAAUUAAAAUGGCGGACAGGCGUAGAAGACGACGAAAAUAUAGAAGAUUUUUGCUGAGGAGAGAAAGACCCGAACGUAGGGUAGUAAAAGAUCGUCUAAAUCCUAUGGAAGUGUACACAGACGACGAACUUUACGAACGAUUUCGAUUUCGGCGGCCUACAAUCGUCUAUUUGAUGACUCUGAUUGAACACAAACUAAUAAACACCACAAAAAAUCAAGCCUUACCUCCACUGUUGCAGCUGUUGGUCUGUUUGCGUUUUCUGGCUACGGGUGCUUUUCAUAAAUUGAUCGGGGACAGUGUAAAUGUUUCUGAGUGCACAGUCGGUAGAUGUUGCCGUUCUGUGACCCAGGCCAUCAACGACAUUCGGCAAGACUUUAUCAUGUUUCCGAGGGACCAAAAAGCCAGACAAACAAAACAGGAAUUUUUGAAGAUCGCAGGGUUCCCAAAUGUCUUGGGGUGUGUAGAUUGGACGUUUGUGAAGAUACAAGGCCCUUCAGAAAACGAACCAGACUUUGUGAAUCGGAAGGGAUUUCAUUCUUUGAAUGUGCAGAUGGUGUGUGAUGCAAAAUUUCGUAUUACCAGCGUUUGUGCCAAUUGGCCGGGCAGUGUGCAUGACAGUAGGAUCUGGAGAGAAUCAGCACUAUGCAGACAAUUUGAAAGGGUAUUUAUAGGUUUGAUGCCGUAUAAUUUUAUCUGCGUACAGGCGGCGAGUAUGUUGUCUGAGAUCAAAAGCAUGGAGGACGUCUUUACAACAGGAACUUUUAUUAAGUUGGCAGGGAUUGCUGUAGUAGCUCUUGUGCCAAGGUUCCUUAUGAAGUAG